AUGUCUCAUCACCCGGGCGCGUCACGAAUUGAGACAUCAUUACCACCUGUUUGGAAGCGGCAUUAUGCGACGCAGCCCUCAGAAGAGGAUGACGAUUAUUUUGCCGACGGACCCGACCCCUUGGUUCAUAUCGUUCGCAGCAGACGCCCUCCCCGAAAUACCCACUACGGACGCCCAAAUCACUAUGGAAAUGGAUACCCCCGUGUAAACUUCGUCCGCCGGGAGACUAUCGAGAUUCCGGAGCCGGCACCGCCCUUGCCGUACAGCAGCCGCCGACGAGAGUCCCAUCUCUCAUAUGAUCCAUAUCCGGUCACUCCGGUCUACGAGGGGGGAAGACACAGGAAAAAAAGGGUGGUCGCAGAAUCACAGUCACGCGAGGCGCCGGUUGAGGAGAAAGACAUCGAACUUGUUGGCUCGGGUAUGCCGAGGGGUUAUCGUCGAGAUUUCCAAGUCCCGGUAGUUGAACGCCACGAACGACCGGCUUAUAGCGAGGCCACCUACAGCGAUUUCGAAGACGAAAAUCACGUCUUUUACUCUUUUGGCGAUUUGCUCCAGAACGGAAGUCGCCGAGACUCACAACUAGACGGGAGCAUCUCAGAUAUUGAGUCCACUGCGGCCCCAGGUGAGGGCAACGAAGGGAGCCUAGACGCCACGGAACGCGGUGCUGUAGCUUAUCAUGUCCUUGAAUCACGGUACGCUGGUGACGGCUACGAGGCAGGUCAUCACUCGGCCAAGUUGACGGCCGUUUUGAGCGAGCGGGCCACCGUCUCACAGUCCUUGUUUCGGUGGAUCGAAAAGAACGGGCUUCAAAAAAUGAUUACGGGUGUGAAAAGGGACCAUACUAAGACAGUUCAGGUAUCGGAUGGGAAGUACGCUCGUUACUUGGAGCCGAAACUCCGCCAUGAGCCCCUCUUACAGGAUGGAAAACCCGCUGGGUCUCGAGCAGUAACAUGGGUAUCCUUGCCGUACUUCUCGUUGGAGCCUUAUUCCGGGCUCCAGGCAACAGCCAAUAGCCCGAAGUCUCUUGCCACUCCAACGUUGCUCCAGGCUCGGUACUCGCGGACAAGGCGUGCGAGAGAUAUGGAACAGGCUGUGUGCCAACAUGGGGGGGCUCCGAAAGGGCAUUGUUUCCACGUUGCCCAGCUCUGGUGCCUUGUUCUCGACAGCUCAUUGCUGCUUACGUAUGGCCGCAUCGCCGAAGACGUGCUCUGUGUAGACAUCAUUACCAAAACGGUCAAGCCACUGCACAACCCUCCUGACCCGAUGCCGAGCAAGAAGACUUUGUCAGUGAGGUUUCGAGGCGCCAUCAUGUGGUCCAUUCCCACCCAUGAGUGCCAAACGUGGUUUCCACCGGCUUUGGUCGCGUUAUUCGAGAAGGAUGAGACCAUGCUUGGGGCCACAUUACCCUCGCACAACCCAACCGUAUCGAACCAGCAACUUCCUGUGACCCUCCCUGCAAAGCAAAAAGCCCGGAGCCCGGGUGGCUCAGCAAUGCCCCCGGUACCGCCAGGAACCAAGGCCAAUCUUUCUCCUUCCAGAUUAGAUCAAGAGAGCGGGUAUACUUCAAAGUCAGGAACCGAGUUUUCAUUGGGUAUAUUUGCCUAUUCGGAGAGCUUUAACAACCUCAACUCGGCGUCAGCCAACCCUUCGGCGUCCCUAUCCCCUUUGUCGCCCCAACCAACGUUUCCCCCUUCAUUCCAGGACGCAUCUGUGGUCCAAUAUUUUGCGGAUAUGGAAGAGCACAUUCAGACGAAAACCACUCCGGACGACCAGCGUGCUUACAAGAAUACGAACAAGGCCAGACGACCGCACGUAGUGGACGUCCUGGGCAGAAGAAAGGCCGCCUUUGGUGCUAAAACUACCAGCUUGGAUAACAAAUGGGAUUUUGGGAGAAUGAUUAGCGUAUUCCACUCUGCUGACAUCAUCUUUAGCUUCUUCUUCCCAGCGGAUGUGUCGGUCCCUACUACCCGUCAGUUCUGGGGCGCUGUUAUGGCCGUGAUCAACGUACUACCCCCCUGGUCCGCCACUAACGCAUCCCAGGAAUCCGACAUCGUCACCAAGCACUCAGAUCGCCGGAUUGAACAAAGGCUGGGCUUGCUACAGCAGGAACUAUCUAUUAUCGACUGGACGGUCGAGUUACAAAGAGGCAUCCUCGACAAGAUGCUGACCACUAGGGAGAUCGUGAGCAGCAAAGUCGAAGCAGAAUUCGCCGACGAGAAGGUCGGUCAAAUGCAUAUAUCAUGGGUGCCUCGCCGCCGAGCACUCCAGCAUCCCACAAUGGCGGCCAUGGCCGAGAACGUGCUCAGUCCGUCUCAAUCAUGCGGAUUCAGCGAUUUACUGCUCCAGGAGGGAAUCCAGGAGCUGACCGCGAAACGAAGCGAGUUCAAGCUAAUGGGCGAUUUGGUGGAGUACCUAACGGACACGAACCGCACCAAAAUCGACUACACCAAAGACCGCCAAGAACGCGCCAUCUACGCCUUCACCAUCGUCACCGUCAUCUUCCUGCCCCUCUCCGCCGUCGCCUCCAUCUUUGGCAUGAACUCGGCCGACGUGCGCGACAUGGAGCUUGGCCAGUGGGCGUACUGGGCCACUGCCCUGCCUGUCACGGGUGUGGUGAUGUUUUUGGGGCUGUUGUUUACGGGGGAGUUGGGCACGGUGAGGCGGUGGGUGGGGGAGUGGGUUGGGGGUGUUGGGACGGGGGGCGAGAGGUGGGUGAGGGGGAGGGGUGGUGGUGGUGGGUGGGCGGAUGGCGCUGGGGAGGUGUUUGUGGAUGGGGAGGGGGGUUAUGCUGCUGAAUGGGAGGGUGUGAGGAGGGGGGAUGUGCGUAGGAGGGUUCGAGGGGUGAGGAGGAGGAGGUGA